AUGAUCCCGUUUGUUUUAGGAUGCAAUUUUCAGUGCUCUACUUGUGAUCCAUACGACAAUGAGAAAUGUUUGAGUUGUCCUCCAACUCGAAUGUUAGUUGAUGAUAAAUGCAUUUGUCAAGAGCAUUACCAAGAACUACAAAGUAAUUUGAAAAGCAAAGGUUGCUUUAAGUGCAAUCAGAAUUGCAUCACAUGUAGCUAUGAGAAUCCAAAUAAAUGCACAAGCUGUGGUGAGGCAUCAUAUAAUAGAAUAUUAUUGUAUAAUAGAUGCGAAUGUGUAUAGGGAUAUUAUGAAACCCAGUCUCAAUACAAUUGUAUUCAAAUUCUUGAUACCAAAAUAUUUGAUUUCAAAUAGAAGAUAUCUAAAGAUGGUAAUCCUUAAAAGAGUUAAUUGUAGCAACUGAAAUCAAGUGAUAGUUCAUUAAGUACUCUUUUAAUAGAAACCAUAAAUGCUUCUUUUAUUUAUGAUCCAGCUAAAAAAGACACGCAAACAAAAAUAUCAAUUUCUUAAUUGAUCAAGGGUGAAUCUUAAAUAAUAUCAGGCAAAGGAACCUUGGAUGGGGAAUAUUUUUCAUAUGUUCAUCAGAACCUGUUUGUUUUGGCUGUGAAAUAAUACUCCUACCCUCAAGGAUUGAAAUGGGAUGUUGAUUUUGAUUAAUUUACAUCCUAAUCAUUUCAAAGAGUAGUCAAUGGAAAACAGUAUUAGUUUAUUAUCUUCCAACAAGUUAAGGACAACGACAAAUUACAUGUUUAUAUAGUGUUCACAGAUGGUCUGGCAAUCGUUAAGAAUAGAAGAAUCUUGGAAUCAAACAGGUUUUUAUCAGAACAUAUCCUAUACAUGUAAUAUUUCAGUCUGAUAGUUUAUAAAUCAGAUUCAAUAUUAGGCAAUCCUGAUUUGAAUAAAAUAAUCAAUAAUUACCUUGCUUUGUUGGAGGUUUGUUCAGAUUGUGAAGAUUGCGAAUUCGACAAUGAUGGGAAUGGGAAGUGUAAAAAAUGCAUGAACGAUUUCUCAUACAAUGAAUAGCUGAAAAAAUGCGAAUGCUUAUACACUCUAGAUGCGAGUGGGAAAUGCUUUAAAAAGUGCAAGAAUUCCAAUUGUAUAGGUUGCGUUGAUAAUGUCUGCAUCAAAUGUUCAGAUAUAUCAUAGAACUCCUGUGUAGAAUGUGAUCAUGGCUAUUAUUCUGAUGGUGAAUUUUGUAACAAAUGUGAUGCAAAGUGCAAAACCUGUUCGUCUGCUAAUGAUUGUAUUGAUUGUGCAAACACCUAUUACAUGGACAAUUCGAUAUGUGUUGAGUGCCAAUCUCCUUGUAAGGAUUGUUUAUCACUCUCGCUAUGCAAUUCUUGUGUUAGUGGAUAUUAUCAUUCCGAUAACAGGUGUGAUUUAUGUUCUUUAGCUAUGAGCAAGUGUAUGUAGUGUGACAAUUAAACGAAAUGCAGCAAAUGUGAAGUAGGCUAUUACCUAGAUACAUCUUCAUUUCAGUGUUUAGAAUGUGCAUAGAAAUGUAAGAAAUGCACAUCUUUUUCUUAUUGCACUCAGUGCUAGGAUGGUAAUUAUUUAGAGGAAACUAUAAUUGGUGUUUAGGCAAAUUGCAAUAAUUAUUGCCCUUAGAAUUGCACAAAAUGCAAAAAUUCAAGCUAAUGUACAUCUUGUGUGGCAGGAUAUUUUGAAAAGAAUUACACAUGUUAGAAAUGCGAUUCAAGUUGCAAAACCUGUUAUGAUAAACCAAAUGAAUGUUAUUCUUGUUAAUCUGGAAAAGUGUUGAUUGACAAGUCUUGUAUAGUGUGCAAAUCUCCCUGUUUAACUUGUGAUAUCACAGAUGAGACAUGCACGAGUUGUGUCGAUGAUACCAAUUAUUUGGAUGCGUAUAAUAAGUGUAAUAAAUGUGCAACACCAUGUAAGACAUGCACAUCCAAAGAACACUGUUUGAGUUGCCUAGAUGGAUAUGAAUACGAUGCACUUAACAAGAGAUGCAUGUUUAUGGAUCCUACAACAGUGAAUUCCACAACAUGUAUAAGUGGAUAUGCAAAAACUAUGACUUCGUGUUUAGCAUGUCCUCAAGAAUGCGAGUAGAAUUGUACAAUUGUAAGUGGAACACCAGUAUGCAAUCAAUGUAGUGUUGGUUACUAUAUUUCGAGUUCAUCAGUUUGUUAGACAUGUCAGUCCCCUUGUUUUACUUGUUAUGAUUCAACUUAGUGUAAGGAGUGUUUGCCAUAUUAUUAUUUGAAUGCCAACAAAUGUUAUACAUGCAAACAAGUGAAUUGCAUCUAAUGCACUGACAAUAAUUGUCUUGCUUGUGAUAAAGGUUAUUAAUUAGUAAAUAAUUCGUGCAUAUCUUGUUCAUCAUCUUCAGUAACAUGUUGUCAGAAGGGAGAGUAUGGUUAAAAUUGUAAUCAAUGCAAUAUUGCAUGUACUGAUUGUUUUGGACCCAAUGAUAAUCAGUGUUUUGAAUGCUAAAAGGGUUAUUAUUUCAAUGAUUAAACUAAAUAAUGUAAGAAAUGUAAAAACCCCUCUUGUUUAGAAUGCUCAGAUUAUAGUACUUGUUUAACAUGUGCAGAUACUUCAUAUCUUAGUGGGCAUUAAUGUGUGAAUUGUACAUAUCCAUGCAAAUCUUGUACUUCAACUUCAUGUUCCUCUUGUGUUGAUGGGUAUUACAUGGAUUUGAAUAAUUCAUGCUAAAUUUGUUCUGCUGAUUGUAACACCUGCAACAACAGUAAUUCCUAUUGUACUUCUUGUAAAAUGGGCUAUUACUUAUAGAAUAAUGCAUGUUAUCAAUGUGAUGCGAAUUGUAUUGAAUGUAAUUCACUCAAUGAAUGUACCAAAUGCAAAUCUCAAUACACGUCAACUAUUGAUAAGAAAUGUUAAUUGAAUAUUUGUAGCCAUUCCCUUUGCUCACUUUGUUAUUCUUAGGAUACUUGUGCUAGUUGUGCAAUUACUUCAUAUGUGUCGAAUAAUACUUGUUAAUUAUGUGAUGAUAAUUGCAAAUCUUGUGAUAACAAUGCAAAUACUUGUACAUCCUGUGAGAAUGGGAUGUAUUUGGAUGCAUCCACCCAAACUUGCAAAUAAUGUGCUUUGCAAUGUUUGACCUGUUAAAUAUCAAGCACUAAUUGCCUUUCCUGCCAAAAUCAAUAUUUUAAAAUAAAUAAUGAUUGCUAGAAAUGCAGUAUUCUUUGUAAGACAUGUGAGAAUACACCUAAUAACUGCACAAGUUGUACAAGUGACAAAUACCUUUCUGGUUCAGAGUGUCUUUCCUGCUCUCUCGUAAAGGUUGGAUGUAAAAGUUGCACCAAUUCUAACCUUUGUACAAGUUGUGUCGAAGGAUAUUAUUUUGCUAAUAACACAUGUACAAAUUGCUCACCAGAAUGCUCAGCUUGUUCAUCUGCAACAAUCUGCACAUCAUGUUCAGCAAAUGCUUAUAAGUAUAAUGACACAACUUGUAAAGUCUGUCCAGGUGGUUGUACCUCCUGCACGUAUGAUGGCACUAAAAUUAGUUGUUAAUCAUGUGUUUAAAGGUACUUUAAGUACUAAGAUCAAUGUCUUCCAUGCAAACCACAAUGUCUUAGUUGUGAAGGUGAUGAAAAUAACUGCACAAUCUGUUAAAGCAAUGAUGGCAUCAAUACCAAUCAACCAUGCUAAAUAUGCGAGGCUCUCAAUUGUAAGGAAUGCUCGAAAUCAAAUAAUAAAACCUGUGACAAAUGCAUGCCUGAUUACGAGAACAUCUCUAAUCAGUGUGUACUAUGCACCGAUAAUUGUAGAUGUAAUAAUGGGUAUUAUUAUGAUUGGGAUCUACGUAAAUGCAUGAUAUGUGAUUCUUCUUGCAAUAACUGUAAGUAUAGUCCUACUAAAUGUACAGGAUGCACUUCAUAAUAGUAUUUAACAGAUAACAAGUGUCUCAAUUGCUCAAGCCCUUGUCAAUCUUGUACAAGUCAAACAUCAUGUACAAGUUGCAUUACUGGAUUUUACUUAAACAAUCAUCAAUGUCAAUCUUGUUCACCUCCUUGCACUUUGUGUAAUAAUAACUAUUGCAGAUCAUGUUAGGAUGGCUACUUCUUGGAUUCCUCUUCUCAGUGUUAAUCUUGUAGGAGUCCUUGUGGUACUUGCUCUUCUCUCACAAACUGUUAUUCGUGUAUUUCAUCUCGCUAUUUCUUAAAAGAGAAUCAAUGUUAAAAUUGCGAUCCACUCUGUAAGGAAUGUGAUGAGAUUGGAUGUACCAAAUGCAAUGCAGGAUAUUAUCUCAAAGAUAGCACUUGUAUAAGAUGCUCUGAUAAUUGUUUGGAAUGCAAUGAAGAAAAGUGUAUUAAAUGCAUUACACCCUAUGUACCUGAACAGAACAUUUGUGUUACUUGCUAGCCUAAUUGUAAAUUUUGUAACAGUGAAAUGUGUCUGGGCUGUCAAGAGGCUUACUAUUUAAAAGAUGGAGAGUGUCAUCCAUGCCAAUAAAACUGUACUUCGUGUACAGUAAACUAAUGUACUAAAUGCAAUCCGAAAUUCUACAUUUAAAAUUCGGCAUGCAUCCCUUGCAAAUCAAAUUGUUAAUAUUGUGAUUCGUAAACCUGUCAAUAAUGUGAUGAUGGGUAUUAUCCUUUGUAUCAAGAAUGUCGUAAAUGUGAAGACAAUUGUGUAUUAUGCACUUCAGACUUUUGUUUAACUUGUAAAGAUGGUUAUUAUUCUGGGGGGAAAUCAUGUAAUAAAUGUCAAACACCUUGUCUCAAUUGUGCUGCAGUUGACUAUUGUUCCACUUGCAUUUAAUAAUAUUACUUAAGUUCUGAUAAUAAAUGUAUGACUUGUCAAGAAGGAUGUCAACAAUGUACUAAUGAUUAAAAUUGUACACUCUGUGUAUAAGGUUAUUACCUAGAAGUUACUCCCAUAAAUAAGUGUACAAAAUGUAAUGUACUUAAUUGCACCAGUUGUCAACAUUAAGAUUAAUGCAAUUCCUGCAUAGACAGUUACUUUUUAAAGGAUAAUCUAUGUGAACCCUGUUCAUCUGGAUGUCUUAAAUGCAUUAUUUCUAGCAAUCCUGAAAUUGAACCAUCCACUUGUUUAGAAUGUGAUUAAAAUAUUGCUAAUUAUGAUCGAUUGGAAAAUGGCAGAUGUAUUCUAUAUAGCAUUUGCAAUGAAAUACAAAUGUUCUAAAAUGAAUAAGGUGUGUGCGAAAAAUGCAUAGAUAAUUGUUUAAACUGCUCGUCUAAUGAUUCCUGCAAUUUGUGUUCUUUAUCCUAUUCGUAUAAUCCAGAUUCAUAGACUUGUGAUUAAAAUCCUCCUGAGAAGCCGAAUUCACCCACAAUUCCAAUUGCUAUCGCAGUUUCAAUUACAUCCAUAUUAACUAUAAGUAUUGGAGCUUACUUUUGGAGAUAAAAUAAAUUGAAUCCCUCGAAUCCAAUAAUUGGAUAUCUAGAUUGA